CCAGCAUGGACGCAGCGGACGCCACCGUGGAGAAGCUCCGGGAGCAGUGUCUGGCCCGCGGGGCCUCGGGCAUCCAGGGCCUGGCCAGGUUCUUCCGCCGCCUCGACCGGGACAGGAGCCGGUCACUGGACGCGGCAGAGCUUCAGCGGGGCCUGGCCGAGCUGGGGUUGGCGCUGGGUGAGGCCGAGGCGCAGGCUGUGUGCCGGCGCUGGGACCGCGAUGGCAGCGGGACGCUAGACCUGGAGGAGUUUCUGCGGGCGCUGCGGCCCCCCAUGUCCCAGGCCCGGGAGGCGGUCAUUGCAGCCGCUUUCGCCAAACUGGACCGCAGCGGGGACGGCGUGGUGACCGUCGAGGACCUCCGCGGGGUGUACAGCGGCCGAGCCCACCCCAAGGUCCGGAGCGGGGAGUGGACGGAGGAGGAGGUGCUUCGCCACUUCCUGGACAGUUUCGACUCUUCGGACAAGGACGGGCAGGUCACACUGGCAGAGUUCCAGGACUACUACAGCGGCGUGAGCGCCUCGGUGGACACUGACGAGGAGUUCGUGGCCAUGGUGACAAGGGCCUGGGGACUGUGAGCGGCCCCG